AUGGCACCUGUUCGCUCCGACCGUUGGCACUCGGUGUGCGUUAAGUACUCCGUAGUGAAGGUUAAUUCUCCAAUUAGAGGAGAGAAGUUGUCAGAGACGGAAAUCCUUCAGCCCACUUCAGGGUCCCUUUUUGCCGUGCGUUUCACAAGGUUAGCGAUGGCUGACUAUCUACAUUGGUCUUCUAUGGAGCUCAAGUACAGUUCGGUGAACCCGCUGGUGGAAAUCACACCCGGGGGUGUUUUACUCUCUCCCACAUCGGGCCAUUCCCCAUCAAGCCUUGUUAAGCUUAUAGGAGUGGCUGCAACCUCAGCAGUCAUAAUCCGUCAGUGCCCACGAUUCACUGCCGACACAACAAGACAAUUGGAUAAGGGAAGGUCUGAAACCCAUCCGGGAGAAGCUGCCCGUUUUGGGGAAAAGGGCCGGUGGGCCAAACACGUAAGCCCAGCAACUUCGCUUCUUCUCUUACUUAUCUGA